AUUGAUGCAACCGCUUACAUGGCUUAUCUAUAUGGAUCAGACUUCAUCGAUCAAACGAACGGAGCCUUCGACUCUCCAGCCGCCAACCAUCAACCAUCUCCAGACAACCAGCCGCCGCGGAGCCAACACGCCGACCCUGUUCCAUCCAUGCUAUCCCCCAACUCCAUCCCCAGCUCCAGCUCCAGCGUCUUGCUUCCACAACGACGGGUCACUCCUGCAGUAUCCCAGAGACAGCACCAUGGCGCGUCGCAGAUCCCCAACUCGCAACACCUCCAUCGAUCGACCUCGAACUCCGCCAUGCCCACACCGAUGCAAACGCCAGCUCUCGGUUUCCGGCACCUGCCCUCCACUCCUUCAGCGCAGACACUGGACGAGUUUCAGUAUCAAAACAACUUGGCCUUCGACAACAUCAGCAAUGGCACGGCCUUCAGCAGCCCGUACUUCAUUCAGCGCGACGAUGGAGUCCAGUCAGUAGCCGGGGCACAGCAGUACGGCACCAUGACUUCGUCGUAUCCCGUCUCCGUCGCCUCGAAUACCUUCCAUCAGCCUGCAGCCCCUUCUCGCCUGACAACGCCUGCAUGCCUCGGAAACAAUCAAGCUUUCCAAGGUGGAUCACAAUACCAGGACAACCUCAAGCAACCCCCUUCAGCCGCGUACUCGUCCCAUCAGCCCUUCACCGGUGCCAACGCAACAGACUCCCAGGAGGCGGAAGCCAAGAGUCCACUGCAAAUCACCGACUCCGAACUCGAGCACGCAAGUGUCGAACACGCACGCGUGUACAUCGCACACGCCGGGGACUAUCAGCCCCUGGAGAUCAUCGACGAUGACUGGCAAGCAGUGAGGCGCGUGCACUUCAAGUACCUGUGCGCGCAACUCUUCAACAGCCUCUGCCAGCCAGCUGAAACAGACCUGACCGGCUUCAAGGACGAGGAGAGGGCAUAUGCCGAGCGCGUGGAUGCCCUCAAACCCGUGCUCAGAGAAAUGGACACCCCGGAGAAGAUCAGCAUGGCCAAGGCACACGUCAUGCUCGCUGUUGAUGAAGCCAUCCGCUUGCACGAGAUUGGCGUGCCGCCUCGCAUCCCGGGCCAAAAGGGCCCAAAGGACAGAAAGAAUGUCCCGCUUGACAAGAAGGCAAAGUGCUCCGACCGCAUUCUCCGCAUGAUCGAGUGCGUGCGCCAAAACAAGCAUGUGGCGAUGGAUGUGCUGCGUGGCAUGGCGACUGCCCUCGCCAUGUACCCUGAGAAACAUACCAACACGAAGGUGAAGUAUCUCAGGACCAAUGCGACCAAGAGUGUCCGGAUGCAGGGAACGGGGAAGAGGGCCGCGCAGGGAGAGGGCGAGGCGGAGGACUUCGGUCGGACGCCGACUCCAUCGGUGAAUGGCAGGGGCAAGAGCGAGUCGAGACAGGCUUCCGUAAGUUGUUCAUCCCGUCCUCGGAAGACUUUCUGCUUAUUUAUAACAGACUGUGCCGGAUGACAUGAUGAGCGAUCAACAGCUCUUCUCGCCGACGAUGCUGGGGUAUAUGCCAGCACAAAAUCCCACCGCGCUGAAGCGGGGUCGAAGUCCGGUCAACGACUUGACUCCGGAGGGGGCCAUACACGGGAAUGGAAAGCGUGCAAAGCAGAAUGGCGGUGCAUAUAUGAGCGGAGGCUUGUCCAGCUACGGCGCAUGGUAGCAAGAGCAGCU